AAGGUCACGGUGCAGUGGCGGGCGCGUGGGUCCGGUGCAUGUGUGGCGCGGGCGAGUGCUAGCGGCGGCCUCCGCUGACCGACUAGGAGAUGCCUGGCAACGGAUUGGCGCGGGUGAAAUGCGAACCACUCUCGGACGAGGACGACAGUAAUCCAAACUUCGCUAACAGCUAUUUCACCAAUCAGCUACCGUCGUUAGGACACCACAUAAAAUCUGAACAUGAGUGCCGAAAUGAAGGAAACGUUCCGUCACAGAUUCUACAACAUUUACAGACGCAGACCGGGCUGGAGGAGCUGGUGCCGCUGGCGCCGGCGGGCCCGGCCGCCACGCCCGUCUGCGUCAAGCAGGAACCUACGGAAGCUCCACCAGCUCUCACACUUGAAACCCUCGAGUCUGCCCCGCACGCAGCCACCACGGGUUCAACAUUGCUGGACCGACACAUGACGAUGCUCAGUUCAAAUGAAGUGCCUGAUUCUUCAGACUUCACGCCGCUUAUGUCGGUCAAAGACGAGCCGCUGUCGGAGGGAGAACAACCACAUUUAAGCGGCGAGGAUACUAGCGAUUCUUGCAGUACACAACCGGAGCCUUCGACGCGAAGCAGCCCCAAGAGCUGGACUCAACGAGACAUGGACAAUGCGCUCGAAGCGCUUAGAAAGCACAACAUGAGUCUCACCAAGGCCUCAGCGACGUACGGUAUACCAUCAACCACACUGUGGCAGCGAGCGCACCGCCUCGGCAUUGACACGCCGAAGAAAGAAGGCGCUUCCAAAUCUUGGAGCGAAGCCGACCUAAGAGGGGCGCUGCAUGCUCUAAGAGCUGGUGCUAUAUCUGCGAACAAGGCUAGCAAGGCUUAUGGUAUUCCGAGCAGCACGCUGUACAAGAUUGCGCGGCGCGAGGGCAUCCGGCUGGCGGCGCCCUUCAACGCCGCGCCCACCGCCUGGAGACGAGCAGACUUGGAGCGCGCACUCGCCGCCAUCCGCUGCGGCGCCAGCUCCGUGCAGCGCGCGGCCUCGCAGUACGGCAUCCCCACCGGCACAUUAUAUGGAAGGUGUAAGAGAGAAGGCAUCGAGCUGUCCCGCUCUAACCCCACACCCUGGUCCGAAGAUGCUAUGGGGGAAGCUCUUGAAGCUGUAAGGAUAGGUCAGAUGUCGAUAAACCAGGCAGCCAUACACUACAACCUACCCUACUCAUCAUUGUACGGGAGGUUCAAACGCUGCAAAUACCAAACGCAGGGUCUGCAACCACUCCAGCAGCAGGAGAUCCAGAAGAAUAUAGAAAUGGAGCACCUGCCUCAGGAACAACCUUACUACCAUCAGGUACCUCAUGGAAGUCAUCAACUGCCCGACAGUCAUACACACUCACAAUACAUACACAAUUUAAAUAUGAGUAUGCAUGAACAAACGGACACCGCGGUGCCAGGGUCUCUGAUGCAUGAUCCAUACAGCCAAGCGAUGUACUACGCACACAGCUGUAAUAGCAUGGUCUCCAGUUGAGGGUACAGCGCCUCUACUAGUGAGGCCCCUUGACAUUUUGCAUUUUAAUCUGUGCCGGUAUUGUUUUUCGAACUAUUCUAAUGCUGUUUGCUCGAGUUUUGGCGAGUGCAGAGUGCACUACAAAAUCGCGGAGGGACUUAUGGGAGCGGUUGAAGGCCAAUUCCCGCUAGACGGAUACGAGUUUAGCCUGGGGUUCGAAUUUCUGCUCAGGCUGUCGUAAUUUCGAUCCCCGUUUGAAUUGAAUGGGGGAUCGAUCGGACGUUUUGUUUUAAGACACAUUUCUUUUUGUACUUUAAAAAGUAAG